AUGCGUCCUUUUGAAGGUUUUCAACGCAAGGCUAUUGUAAUUUGUCCCACGGACGAGGAUUUAAAAGAGCGAACGUUAAAGCGAACUGAUGAGGAAGGGAAGGAUGUGCCCGAUCAUGCCGUAUUAGAAAUGAAAGGUAGGAAUUCCAUGGAUAACAAAAUUUAAAAACACAAAGACAAUGCAUUUCGUAUGUUUUUUUUAUUUUAUGGAAACUUGGAAGAUCCCAACCGUCCCCCAUCCCCCUCAAAGAGCUAUUCCCACUAUUUCCCCCUCUAUCAUCCUUCAUUCUCUUAUCUGAACCAUUUCUGUCAUACUUGUCGUUCAUCUAUUUAGCACUGCAAACUCAGGGUGACAUCCAUUUCAAGUGUUGGUUUUGAUUCUGACCCUUGAAGGAUGAGAUUUUAAUAGAUUAUCAAUUGAAAUUUUAAACAAAACCAUUGGCAGUGCAAUUUCCAGUACCAAAGGAGUGAAAUAUUCAACAUUUAUCACUUAAAAACUGAGGACAUACAUACGUCCAUAGGCUAUGCUUUGCAGUUGCAAACUUUCCCCUAUCUACAUAUUCAUAAUUCUCCUUAGUUUUGCUAUUUUAUUUUCUCCUCCAUUUCCUUUACCUGCCUAAACUGGAGCAAAUUCUCCCCUGUCCCUUGAGGUAAUGUUUUGCUCCAAUUCUGGUGCAACUCCACUCUCUCACCUAACAUGUAUUCUCCCCCACGUCCCUCUUUUCCCUUCCUACCCCUUCCUAGUAUUGUCUAUCAGAUAGUAAUAAUGAUUUUCUUUGUCUUUCGGCGGCACCGCUAUACUCGUCCUGACAACGUCCAACCACUCUGCUUCCUGUAGCCAACUUUGUGCUCCCAGAAGCUGGUGAGUUUCUUGACAACGUGACCUUCAUCGAGCUGCAAAAAGAAGAGGCUGACACGCUGGUGAAGCAGUACAACGAGGAGGGCCGCAAGGCCGGCCCACCCCCAGACAAACGCUUUGACAACCGCCAAGGAGGUUUCCGUGGUCGCGAUGCACCUUAUCAGCGCUAUGACAACCGUGGUGGCUCCCAAGGAGGAAGGGGAGGCUAUCAGAGUCGUGGUGGACCCCAAGGUGGCAACUUCAGAGGAGGUGAGGAGCAAGGUUUCUGCUCAACUGUUUGUUUUUCUAAAUUUGUGUUGUGAGCCUACUUAACUUCCUGCCCUUUACACAUUACAGGCUAUAACCGUGGAGGCUACCAGCAGAACCGUUGGGGGGGCAACCGUGAUGGUGCAGCAGGAGGACAACAUGGCUACAACCGCAACCAGCAGUCUGGAGGGAGCUACAAUCAGCACCGCCAAGGACAAUAUAACAAGGGAGCCACUGGCAGUUACAGCCAAGGACAGGUAAGCUGACUAAUAUAUUGGUUACUUUAUUUUUAAAGGGAAACUUCACACAUUUUUCAACUUCAUAUUCGUCUCCAGUACCACCCCAACAUCAACAUAUGUGAAAAUGGCGUGUUUCUAUGUUUUGUAGUAAAACGGAUAAAGACAAGUGUUUCCAAUGACAUCAUCAACCAAUUAGUAGGCAAUGCCGACGCACACUCUUGAUGUCAUUGGAAACACUUAUCUUCCUCCUUUUUUUACAACAAAACAUAGAAACGCACAAUUUUAACAUAUGUUGACAUUUCCCUUUAAUGGCAUCUCCUUACAUGUGGUUCUCCCUCUGGAAUUGUUCCUCUCAACUCUUCACCAGUCCUUCAAACUUUCUGACAUUGUAUGUGUUAAUUUGUAGCCACAGACAUACAAUCAGGGCUACAAUCAGGGCUACAAUCAAGGCAACUACAACCAGGGUUACAACUACGGCAGCUACAGCCAGUACCCAGGUUACAGCCAGAGCUACAGCCAAACUCCUGCUGCUCCUGCCGCAGCUGCUGCUGCUCCUGCCGCCACUGGACAGACCUACAGCCAGCAGCAGCAGAACUACAACCAGCAGUAUCAACAGGUGACUAGCUAGUUUCUUAGGUUGGCCCAUAUAUCAUGUUAACGUGUCACCUGUCUAAAACUCUGUUCAUAAUGUCUUGCUCUCUUUCCGUCUCUCUUUGAUCCAGUAUGCACAGCAGUGGCAGCAGUAUUACCAGAACCAGAGCCAAUGGAAUCAGUACUACAGCCAAUACGGCAACUAUGGCAACUACAGCCAGGGUUCUCAGGGCUCCCAGGGCACGCAGUAG